GCCCCGGAGGGAGUGACGACGUUGUGACGUCAUUGUGCUGCGACGCCAAUUAACGGAGGGAACCUGGAACCGCUGAGCCGCAUUUUGGAGUGGCCAGGGCCCUGAGACCAGGAAUUGUGGCAAACCAGAAUAAUUUAAAAAUGACCACACCGAACAAGACACCUCCUGGUGCUGAUCCUAAACAGUUGGAGAGGACAGCGACAGUCAGGGAGAUUGGGUCUCAGGCUGUCUGGUCACUCUCUUCAUGCAAACCAGGGUUUGGAGUGGAUCAGUUACGAGAUGACAAUCUAGAAACUUACUGGCAAUCUGAUGGCUCUCAGCCUCAUUUAGUGAAUAUCCAAUUCAGAAGAAAAACAACAGUGAAGACAUUAUGUAUUUAUGCAGAUUAUAAAUCUGAUGAAAGCUACACUCCAAGCAAAAUCUCAGUCAGAGUAGGAAAUAAUUUUCACAACCUUCAAGAAAUCCGGCAACUUGAAUUGGUGGAACCAAGUGGCUGGAUUCACGUUCCUUUGACUGACAAUCAUAAGAAGCCAACUCGCACAUUCAUGAUACAGAUUGCUGUUCUAGCCAAUCACCAGAAUGGAAGAGAUACCCACAUGAGACAAAUUAAAAUAUAUACACCAGUGGAAGAGAGCUCCAUUGGGAGAUUCCCUAGAUGCACGACCAUUGAUUUUAUGAUGUAUCGUUCAAUACGGUGAUUUUAAAAUGGACAAAAAUAAACAGGCAUAUUUUUAUCCUAUCAUUGCAUAGUAUAUUAAGUAUCUUUGGUAAAAAAGCCUGUUACUUUGCAAUUUUACAUAUACUUAAAAAUAAUUUAGAUAAAUAACUUUUAGGUCAUGUCUGUUUUUUUAUAUAAUAAAGCUCAUAUAUUUUAUGUUUCUAAAAAGUGAA